AUGACCUCCUCCCUAAAGCUAUCUGCCUUUGGAGACGGCUCCUUCAGCAAUCCCACUCUGUUUCGGUCAAUAGUUGGUGGUCUGCAGUACCUAGCAGGCACCACAGAGUAUGGCCUCAGGUUCAGCAAGUUCACAAACUUCAGGAUCUAUGGCUUUUGCGACUCUGAUUGGGCCAGUGAUGUUGAUGAUCGCAAGUCAACAAAUGGUGUAAAUGAGAUAUGUGCAAAAUUAUCUCGUUCACAGUGUAAGUCUUAUUCAGAGACAGAGAAAGCACUGCAGAUGCUGUCCAAAUCUGACCUACCUGCAUUCGGAAAAGCUUUUCUAGAGCUACAAAAGUCCAAAUGA